AUGAAUGUGUUGCUAAAGCAGUCAAAUGGCGCCUUCAUCGAACGCAUCUCGCUUCCGGAUGACGCUACAGUUGCGGAUUUAAAGAAGAUUUUUUAUGAGAAGUUUCACUUUUACCCGCAAAGGCAACAAUGGCACGUUGGAUCUGCGGAUGGCGCGAAAAUUGGUGAGAACAAGCUGAUUGACAAUGGCGUUACCGAGGACUCGUCGCUCUACUUUAAGGACUUAGGUGUACAGAUAUCUUGGAGACUGGUCUUCUUUUUGGAAUACCUGGGACCUUUAUUCAUCUUACCUCUGUUAUACCACCUACCUGGAACAUUUUAUCGCGAACCUAUACGGCCCAAGACUCACGUGCAAUUCGCUACAUACGUGAUGCUGAUGGCCCACUUUUUGAAACGUGAAAUCGAAUCUUUGUUUGUGCACAGAUUUUCGAAGACAACGAUGCCCAUAGCCAACCUUUUCACCAAUUGUUUUCACUAUUGGAUUUUAUGUGCUGUGGGAAUAGGCUAUUAUGUGUUCCACCCUAGAUACACGGAGAUCGUAUUAUUUUUUAAAUACGAGAAGUAUCUUUUGAUCGCGUUUUUCAUGUUUUGUCAAUUUAUGACAUUCAUGACUCAUAUCACUCUUCGCAACUUGAGACCAAAAGGCACUACAGUCCGUGGCAUCCCGCAGCACUGGGGAUUCCAGUACGUCAGCUGUGCGAAUUAUUUUUGGGAACUGCUGAUUUGGGUAACAGUGGCAUUAUACACAAACACUAUCUCGUCGUAUUUCUUUGCUUUUGCAGUUGGCAUGAUUCUCUCUCAGUGGGCAAAGAAGAAGCAUCGGAAGUACAUCAAAGAAUUCCCGAAUUACGACCGACGGAGAAGAGCCAUUAUACCCUUCAUCUAUUGA